AUGCUGAGCGAAUUCAACAUCCCGCCCCGCGAUCAUCUGCGAAAUUUUGGAUCCGAUACCGCCGAGGUCAACCUUCGCACCCAGAAGCGCCUUGCGGCCUCCGUGGUCGGCUGCGGCAAGCGCAAGAUUUGGCUCGACCCCAAUGAGAUGACCGAGAUCUCCAACGCCAACUCCCGUCAGACCAUCCGCAAGCUCGUCAGCGAUGGCCUCAUUAUCAAGAAGCCCGUCACCAUGCACUCUCGCGCCCGUGCUCGUGAGCUGACUGCUGCCCGCCGUAUCGGUCGUCACCGCGGUCUGGGUAAGCGCAAGGGUACCAAGGAUGCCCGUAUGCCCAGCCAGGUCCUCUGGAUGCGCCGCAUGCGUGUCCUCCGUCGUCUUCUCGUCCGCUACCGUGCCGCCGGCAAGAUCGACAAGCACCUUUACCACGAGCUCUACCACCUGAGCAAGGGUAACACCUUCAAGCACAAGCGUGCUUUGGUUGAGCACAUCCAGAAGGCCAAGGCCGAACGCCAACGUGAGCGUGUCCUCAAGGAGGAGAUGGACGCUAAGCGUGCCAAGAACAAGGCUCUCCGUGAGCGCCGCGCUGAGCGUGUCGAGGCCAAGCGCAACGCUCUGGCUGGCGAGACCCAGGAGUAA